UGUUAAGUCACGGGUGUUCAGCCGAGCACCGAAUCUCACCGCAACGACUGGAACUGACCUCUGGAAAAACGAAGUGCAUCUUGGAGCAUGUGGCCUGAGGAUUGCCUCACAAAGCCAGGGGUGGUAGCUAAGAAGUGAGCAGGAUGCCCCCAGGCAUUUACUGCCCUAUGGAAUUCUGGUCCAAGGGGGAAAACCAAAGCAUCCAGGUGGACUUUCUGCUGCCCACAGGCAUAUACUUAAACCUCUCUGUGUCCUGCAAUGCCAGCUUGGGCACCAUCAAGCAGGUGGUGUGGAAGCAUGCUCAGUAUGAGCCCCUCUACCACAUGCUCAGUGACCCCGAGGCCUAUGUCUUCACGUGCAUCAACCAGACAGCAGAACAGCAGGAGCUGGAGGAUGAGCAACGGCGGCUUUGUGACAUCCAGCCCUUCCUGCCUGUGCUGCGGCUCGUGGCUCGAGAAGGUGACCGAGUCAAGAAGGUUAUUAACUCCCAGAUCAGCCUGCUCAUUGGAAAAGGUUUGCACGAGUUUGACUCCGUGCAGGAUCCAGAGGUGAACGAUUUCCGCACCAAAAUGCGCCAGUUCUGUGAGGAGAGAGCAGCAAAGCGGCAGCAGCUCAGCUGGGCAGCUUGGAUGGAGUACAACUUUCCCUUGCAGCUGGAGCCCAUGGCCAAAGGCCUUGGGACUGGUUCUCUACAUAACCCCAUCAAGAACAUUUUUGUCAACGUCAAGUUUCAGUCUGGAGGGGAGAGCUUCACUUUCCAGAUCUCCCCCAAGGAGUUCCCCAUCACAUUAAUGAGCUAUGCUAUCAAGAAGCAGGCUACUGUCUUUCGCCACGAGACAGUGGAGAGCCCAGAGGACUACACCCUGCAGGUGAAUGGGAAAUGUGAAUAUCUCUAUGGAAACUACCCUCUGUACCAGUUCCAGUACAUUCGCAGCUGCCUGCACCGAGGCCUGACGCCCCACCUGACCAUGGUGCACUCCUCCACUAUCAUUGCCAUGAGAGAUGAGCAAACCAACUGCAUUGCGAGCCCCCCCAAGAUGGCUGCCAAGCCUCCCCCACUCCCCAAGAAAAAGCCAAACUAUGGUUCUUUCUGGUCCUUAGAGCAGCCUUUCUACAUCGAGCUGGUGCAAGGCAGCAAGGUCAAUGCAGAUGAGAGAAUGAAGCUGGUGGUGCAAGCAGGUCUCUUUCAUGGCAACGAGAUGCUGUGCAAGACAGUGUCAAGCUCUGAGGUGAAUGUAUGCUCAGAGCCCGUGUGGAAGCAGAGGCUGGAUUUUGAUAUUAACAUCUGUGACCUUCCCCGCAUGGCACGGCUCUGCUUUGCCCUCUAUGCUGUCGUUGAGAAGGCCAAGAAGGCACGUUCCACCAAGAAGAAGUCCAAGAAAGCUGACUGCCCGAUUGCCUGGGUGAAUGUCAUGCUCUUUGACUACAAGGACCAGCUGAAAACGGGGGAGUGCUGCUUGCACAUGUGGUCCUCCUUUCCAGAUGAGAAGGGGGAACUGCUGAACCCCAUGGGCACCGUGCAGUGCAACCCCAACACGGAAAGUGCAGCAGCCUUGGUCAUCUGCUUCCCCAGCGUGGCACCUCAUCCUGUGUACUACCCAUCAUUUGAGCAGCUCCUGGAGUUGGGAAGGAAUGGAGAACAACCCCGUGCUGCACCAGAAGAUCCUGAGGAGAAGCUGCAGCUGAAGGAGAUACUGGAGCGGAGGAGCCACACUGAACUAUAUGAGCAUGAGAAAGACCUGGUGUGGAAGAUGAGAUACGAUAUCCGUGACCAGUACCCACAAGCUUUGGCAAAGCUGCUUAUCAUCACCAAAUGGAACAAGCAUGAGGAUGUUGCCCAGAUGAUUUCCCUGCUUCAGACCUGGCCAGAGCUGCCUGUCCUGAAUGCCUUGGAACUGCUGGAUUUUAGCUUUCCUGACCGAUACGUUGGCUCCUUUGCUAUCAACUCAUUAAAGAAGCUGACAGAUCACGAAUUGUUCCAAUACCUGCUACAGCUUGUCCAGGUGCUUAAGUAUGAAUCCUACUUAGACUGUGAAUUAACCAAGUUCCUGCUGGACAGGGCAUUAUCCAACCGCAAGAUUGGCCACUUCCUCUUCUGGCAUCUGAGGUCAGAAAUGCACGUUCCUGCAGUUGCCCUGAGGUUUGGCCUGAUCCUGGAAGCAUAUUGCAGAGGCAGCACCCACCAUAUGAAAGUUUUGAUGAAACAGGGAGAAGCACUCAACAAGAUGAAAGCUCUGAAUGACUUUGUUAAAGUGAGUUCUCAGAAGGCCACCAAGCCUCAAACCAAGGAGAUGAUGCAUGUGUGCAUGAAGCAGGAAACUUACCUUGAAGCACUUUCCCACCUCCAGUCUCCCCUGAACCCCAACAUUAUCCUUGCUGAAGUCUGUGUGGAUCAGUGCACCUUUAUGGACUCCAAAAUGAAACCCUUAUGGAUUGUGUUUAAUAAUGAAGAGACAGGUGGAGGUGGCGUGGGUAUUAUUUUCAAAAAUGGAGAUGAUCUUCGUCAGGACAUGCUCACUCUGCAGAUGAUCCAGUUGAUGGACAUCCUGUGGAAGCAGGAGGGCCUGGACCUGAGGAUGACCCCUUAUGGCUGCCUCUCCACAGGAGACAAGACUGGACUGAUAGAAGUGGUCAUGCAUUCAGACACCAUUGCCAACAUCCAGCUGAACAAGAGCAACAUGGUGGCCACUGCAGCCUUCAACAAGGAUGCCCUGCUCAACUGGCUGAAAUCCAAGAACCCUGGUGAGGCCCUGGAACAAGCCAUAGAGGAGUUCACCCUGUCCUGCGCCGGCUACUGCGUGGCCACCUACGUGCUGGGGAUCGGGGACCGGCACAGUGAUAACAUCAUGAUCCGGGAAACUGGACAGCUGUUCCAUAUUGAUUUUGGUCACUUCUUGGGGAACUUCAAGACCAAAUUUGGUAUUAAUAGAGAACGAGUUCCUUUCAUCUUAACCUAUGACUUUGUGCAUGUCAUCCAGCAAGGAAAAACUAACAACAAUGAGAAGUUUGAAAGAUUCAGGGGUUACUGUGAAAAAGCCUACAUGAUUCUGAGGCGCCAUGGUCUUCUCUUCCUGCACUUGUUUGCGCUGAUGAAAGCUGCUGGCCUGCCAGAACUCAGCUGCUCUAAAGACAUUCAGUAUCUAAAGGAUUCCUUGGCUCUUGGGAAAACAGACGAGGAGGCACUGAAGCAAUUUAGACUGAAGUUUAAUGAAGCCCUGCGAGAGAGCUGGAAAACCAAAGUGAACUGGCUGGCACACAAUGUAUCCAAAGAUAACAGACAGUAGAGCAACAUCAGCCUGCACACCUACUCCAGGAGAAUGUCAUACCUGCACUGAGGCCAGCAGUUGCAGACAGGUUUUUAAAGCCUGAUGAAUGUUGCCAUGUUGAAGAUCCAGAGCUCAGACAUUUCUGCAUGGCUGAAAAAUGGACUCUGAUCAGCCACGUACUCAUGUCUGCUGUAGAACUUUGGGGGCCAAGGGAGAGACAUGAGGCAAUAAAAUUACUGUGUCUACAGUGAGAGGUAGGUAGAUGUACUGUAUCCUUAAAAACUUGUUCAGCUUCAAAUACAUCUUCUAAUGGAAGAGUUCAGGCAGUUGUAACAUCCUUCCAGUGUGUUAAUGUGACUGUUUCUAUUGGAAAUUCAGCUGAACACUGAGAAUCUGUAGCUCUUAUACUAUAGCCCAUCUUCUAGGUCCCCACCAUUACAGCUCAGAGACAUUAACUUCACCACAUGCUUGCUCCUCCUGCCCUGUUUCAGUGUCCACCGAGGCAGGUCACCUUAAGUCACCACUGGAGCUGGCUUGGACAAGCUGUUCUACUCUGCACUGUGACAGGUAGAAGUAUCCAGGCUGUCAUGUUGCUUUCUCUCUGCUACGGAGGCCAAAGUGUUCUGAAACUGAAUUGGAACCCAUCUAUUGAUGUCAAAAAAACUGAUGCCACCCUGGCCAACGGGUUAGCUAUUUUUGUUUGCUUUCCUAAGCCAGACUUCAGUUGAGCCUCAAGCAAUUCCUGGGUUUCUGUGUUUAUUCUGGUUUUAAGCCUGAAAACAGUAAUACUGCCUUUUCAAAACUGGCCUGUAGUGUUGGUUGCUACACAUACCUCCUGCUGGGGUACGUUGGAGCUGGUGUGCCACCUGGUUUCCCUGGAAUCCCUGCAGGCAGGGCACUAGCCCACACCUGUCCAAUCACUGGGAUAAAACAUGGUAAUUCCAGUGUCAGCUGGGACAGGUGUUGUUGUUCUUUGUCCAAACUGGCCAGUCUGGCUUCCCAGGUAAGAGCAGAGGAGUGCUGGAGGAGGGGGUUUAACACUGAAAUACUUAGAGCAAGUUGUGGCUCAAGGUUCAUCUUCUUACAAAUGUGUUUCCUCAUCCUUUCCCCGCAUUUCCUCCUCCUGACCAUGGUACAUGGCUCCUUGCCUGUGACCAGAGCUGGUGUGCACAGCUUGUGUCUGGGGGGGUCAGCCAAAGCAAGCUGUGGUCACUGUGCUGGUACCUCAGCCAGAAAUAAGUGCUCAGCCUCCUCCUGCUCCCCCUGUCUCCUUUCCCAGCAGAGUGUCCCAUCUCCCACAUGGUGCUGUAAUGAAUGGCAUGUUUCUCCUCAAGUGUUGUAUUUGUGUCCAGCUGGUGUCCUCACCUGGUGAGCAGGUCUGAGCACUGCUGUUGUGUGGGGACAGCUGCUCAGGAGUCACUGCUCUGUGCCCCACAUGAGCAUAGGCUGCAGCCUGUGUGUCCUGCUGGAAGACAGCUGGAGUAGCAUGGUCAGUACCUUCUCCCUUUAGGUGGUUCCUGGGGUGCUUCCUUCCAGUUCCCCACCAUCAGGGUCCAUUGGAGGUGCUGUCAUUCCUGCCUUUUAAAGAACAGUAUAGGCUGAUUUUUUAAGACAACCCUGAAGCUGAAGCCUGUAUUUGAUUUGUAUGCACUUAACAAGGAUGAGCAAUUUUCUUUUGUUCAUACAACUAGUUAUCUGGGGUUUUUUUUUUAAGCUUUCUUACUUAUUCAUGUAGGUGAAAAAAAAUCCAGGCAUCCUAUCCCGUUUCUCAAGUCUCAAGAGAUGCAGGUAUUGUCAAAUGAUGGACUGUUCUCAUGGAAAUUUAGCUUUUAUGUUGGUUUAAGACUCCCACAAAACCAGCAAGUUUAGGACAGAAACUGAACUAGCCUGUUUAUUCUUAAUAGACAUUCCCUGUCAUGGGGUAAGUUUGAGUUGAUGGUGGUUUUGCAUCCAGCACACAGGUCAAACUCAUUCCUGACUUUAAUACUUUAAAAGAAAGCUGCCCAAUACUGGCUGCUUAAGUCCACCUCUUUGGUUUGUUUGGUUUUUGUUUUUUAAAGGACAAGUUCAAAUAUCUUUGUUCUUCAUCAGCUGCACAGCUAAGUUAACCCUGCCUUAAAAAAAAGGAAUUUCUACCCUAAGUAGGAAUGAGUACCAGGAGGCAAUGCUGGGUUUGGUCAGUGGAUGGAAUAUGAAACACCUUUAAUAACCCCUUCCCUCAUCACCUUUACACACAAAACAGAUGCUAGCAGAGUAUGAUUUAGUGUUACACUGUUGCUAAUUU